AGCGCCCAACUCCUUCCCGUCGCCUGUGACGUUCAAUUUGUACCUUUGCGGCCUCUAAGCAUGGGUAACGCCAUAAGCAGCUGCUGCGAAUCUUGCUUUCGUUCGCGCAAGUCCCAGUCUUAUGAGCCGUUACUCCUGGAGAACGAGCGCGAGGCGGUAGCCGACCUUCUCCAAUUCCUCGAGAACCGGACGACCACCAACUUCUUCCAGGGCUCUCCCCUCCAGGCCCUUACCACCCUCUCCUUUUCCGAUAAUGUCGACCUCCAGCGGAGUGCCGCGCUAGCGUUCGCUGAAAUUACCGAGAAGGAGGUGCGGCCGGUCGGCAGGGAUACGCUGGAUCCCAUUCUCUUCCUCCUCAGCAGCCAUGAUACCGAAGUCCAGCGAGCAGCUAGCGCAGCGCUGGGCAACCUCGCCGUUAACACUGAGAACAAGCUUCUCAUUGUGAAGCUCGGUGGUUUGGAGCCGCUCAUCAGACAGAUGCUCAGCCCGAACGUCGAGGUUCAAUGUAACGCAGUCGGAUGCGUGACGAACCUGGCUACGCAUGAUGACAACAAGACCAAGAUCGCAAAGUCUGGCGCUUUAGUUCCCCUCACCCGGUUAGCUCGAUCGAAGGAUAUGCGUGUACAACGCAACGCUACAGGUGCUCUAUUGAACAUGACGCAUUCAGACGAGAACCGUCAGCAACUUGUCAACGCCGGAGCGAUACCUGUGCUUGUUAGCUUGCUAAAUUCGCCGGAUACUGAUGUACAGUACUACUGCACCACCGCCCUCAGUAACAUUGCCGUGGAUGGUGUCAACCGGAAGAAGCUAGCACAGAGCGAACCGAAACUGGUGUCGAGCUUGGUGUCCUUGAUGGACAGCUCCAGUUUGAAGGUGCAGUGUCAGGCUGCUUUGGCACUACGGAAUCUGGCUAGCGAUGAGAAAUAUCAGCUGGAGAUCGUCAAAUGCGACGGCCUCACACCGCUGCUCAGGCUCCUGCAGUCGUCGUACUUGCCUCUGAUACUCUCCGCUGCCGCAUGCGUCCGCAAUGUGUCCAUCCACCCGCAGAACGAGUCGCCCAUUAUCGAGGCUGGGUUCCUCCAGCCGUUGAUCAAUCUUCUAGCGUUCAAGGACAACGAGGAGGUCCAGUGUCAUGCUAUCUCUACCCUGCGUAAUUUGGCGGCGAGCUCGGAAAAGAAUAAGCUCGCAAUUGUGAAAGCCGGGGCGGUGCACAGCAUCAAGCAGUUGGUGCUCGAAGUGCCCAUGAAUGUGCAGAGCGAGAUGACGGCGUGCGUUGCGGUGUUGGCUCUGAGUGAUGAGCUGAAGGGCCAGCUAUUGGAGAUGGGCAUAUGCGAGGUCUUGAUUCCUUUGACGAACUCGCCGAGUUCGGAAGUGCAGGGCAACAGCGCAGCAGCUCUUGGCAAUCUAUCGUCGAAGGAUGGGCGGACAGCGACGGACGACUACUCUGCUUUCAAUGACGUCUGGGAUAAGCCUGAAGGAGGAAUGCACAGAUACCUCUACCGCUUCUUGACCAGUCCCGAUGCCACGUUCCAGCAUAUCGCCGUGUGGACCAUUGUCCAGCUUUUGGAAUCAGGCGACCCUCAACUCAUCAGCAACAUCCGCAAUUCCGACCUUCUAAUCCCGAACAUCCGCCAACUCUCACAAUCACGCAACACCUCGCGGACGUCGUCGCUGGGCGGCACGCCUCGCUCGCACCGCUCACAUUCACAGUCGUACCAGGAGACGGACACGGGGGACGCGGAGAUCGUGCUGCUCUCGCGGCGGAUACUGGAGUACGUCGACGCGGACCUCGACGACGUCGUGGAGAAGGCGGCGCAGAGCAUCACGCCGAGCGCGGGCGGGGUGCUCGGCGGGAGCUAUGACGGGAAGGAGCACGAGGAGCUGAGGCGGAGCGUGCGGGAGGCGCUGGCGGUCGGCUCGAGUCGGGGUCGGUGACGGUAGCAGUUCUGCUGGGACGGGACGAUGCGCAUGCUAUGGAGACCUUUUACCCCGUUCAGUGUUGGUGUUCGAUGUUAGAUCGAUUUAUUGCGGUGCGUUCCAGUGUACAUUAUGGUUGUUGUUUUUGUGGUGAACUAUUAGUACGCUCUUUUAUUAUAUAUUCCCUGCGCUUUUGAUUUCGGUUUUCUUCUUUUUUUCUGUCCGACAUCUCUAUCAUCACGCAAGCGAGAUAUGUCGGUGACUAGUUGUGCGUAAGCACAGAUAGGUACUUGAUCGGUAAUGAUUGCAAUGACAUGUAUGUAUGCAUGCAGAGCUGCAUGAGCAUGACUUUGACCAGAAUACAAGGGAUCCGUGGGCACUGGAAGGAAG